AUGAAGAAAAAAUGUUUUUAUUUUUCAGCACGUCAAAUUCCGGAUGUGAGUCCUACUGGACGUUAUACAACUGCCGUACCAUUUCUUAUUAUUCUCUCGAUUUCAGCUGUAAAAGAAAUUUUUGAAGAUAUUAAAAGGCGAAAAUCCGAUCAAAAAGUUAACAAUUUUCAAACGCGAAUACUAAGAAAUGGAAAAUGGGAACGAAAACGAUGGAAACAUGUUAUAGUUGGUGAUAUUCUACGGAUUGAAAAUGAAGAAUUGUUUCCUGCGGAUAUGAUAUUAUUGUCUAGCAGUGAGCCACAGGCUAUGGCAUAUAUUGAGACAUCGAAUUUGGAUGGUGAGACAAAUUUAAAAAUCAGGCAAGGGCUAUCGUGCACUGCAGAUUUUACUUCUUUGCAAUCAGUCGCAUCAGCAAAAUUCGCUAUAGAAUGCGAAAAACCAAAUCGCUUUGUAAAUGAAUUCAAUGGAACAUUACAUAUGCAAAAUCUUCACCGUCCCUUACGUAUCAAUCAAUUAUUAUUGCGAGGCGCUAGGCUGAAGAAUACACAGUGGAUUUGUGGUGCUGUGAUUUAUACUGGACAUGAUGCAAAAUUAUUGAUGAAUUCGAAAACAGCUCCUUUGAAAAGAUCGAAUGUCGAUGUUAUGACCAACAGACGUAUAAUAUUUUUAUUUUUUGUUCUGGUUGCUUUGGCCAUCAUUAGUGCGUUUGGUGCUCUUCUGUUUGAUAACGUUUGGCUUGUUAAUGCUUAUUAUCUUGGAUUGGAAGGUUCUCAACGUUCGACUUUUUUUUGGAACGUUCUUGCAUUUUUUAUUCUAUAUAAUAAUUUGAUUCCGAUUUCCCUUCAAGUUACGCUGGAAUUAGUUCGAUUUUUUCAAGCAUCUUAUAUUAACAAUGAUUUGCAAAUGUAUGAUGAAGCUACAGAUACUCCAGCAGUUGCUCGCACUUCUAAUCUGAAUGAAGAAUUAGGACAAGUUAAAUUUGUUAUGUGUGAUAAAACUGGUACCCUAACAAGGAAUGUGAUGAAAUUUAAAAGAUGUUCUGUCGCAGGAAUGAAUUUUGGCAAGGAUGACGAGGACGAUUUCGAUGAUCCAUCUUUAAUUGAAUGUUUACAAACAUCAAGUGAAAACACAACCAUUGCUGAGUUUUUGCGAAUGAUGGCUAUUUGUCAUACAGUAGUGCCUGAAAAAGGAAAUGAAAACGGAAUUAUCUAUCAAGCAUCUUCCCCUGACGAAGGUGCUCUCGUGCGUGGCGCUGCCUCAUUAGGGUUUAUUUUCCACACCAGAAAGCCUGAAUUUGUUGUUAUUAAUGCAAUGGGCAAAGAAGAGAUUUACGAGAUAUUAAAUAUCCUAGAAUUUACUAGUGAUCGUAAAAGGAUGGGGGUUAUUGUGCGAUGUCCUGAUUCGACGAUUCGGCUUUAUAUCAAAGGAGCGGACUCAGUUUUAUUUGAUAGAAUACGUGGUGAUUCUCCAUACAAAGAUAAAUGCGUUGAACAUCUCAUCGAAUAUGCAUCAAAGGGAUAUCGUACAUUAUGUUUUGCUACGCGAAUUAUAGAGGAUAGUGAAUAUCGUAAUUGGUCCGCUGAUUUUGAAGCUGCGUCGUUAGCGAUUGAUAAUCGAGGAAUAAAAAUGGCAGAUUGUGCAGAACUUAUAGAGAAAGAAUUAAUCCUUGUUGGUGCAUCUGCAAUAGAAGAUAAAUUGCAACAGCAAGUUCCUGAAACUAUAAAAGCUCUUAUGGAUGCUGAAAUUCGUAUUUGGAUGCUAACAGGUGAUAAGCGUGAAACAGCUGUAAAUAUUGCAUUUUCUGCUGCACUUUGUAACUCGGAAAGUAUUCCUCUUUGCUUGGAUACUACAACUUAUAAUGAAACGAUCUCGCGCUUAACAACGUUAAUUAAGCACGCUGAAAUGUUCAGACAAUCAGAUUCAAAUGUCAUGUUAAUUAUUGAAAGCACAAGUUUACACUACGCACUAACAGGCGAUUGUCGUCCUCUUUUGGGAGAAUUAGCAUUAUUAUGUCAUUCAGUGAUUUGCUGUAGAAUGACUCCGAUGCAAAAAGCAGAAAUCGUCGAAUUGGUAAGAUCAUGCGGCGAACAUGUUGUACUGGCGAUUGGUGAUGGAGCUAAUGAUGUUGCAAUGAUUCAGGCUGCAAAUGUUGGUGUAGGAAUCUCUGGUGAGGAAGGACUGCAAGCUGCUUCUGCCAGUGAUUAUUCGAUUUCGCAGUUUCAUUUUCUUCGACGCCUUAUCCUUGUACAUGGCACUUGGAAUUUUGAUCGUUGUGUGAAAGUCAUAUUCUAUAGCUUUUACAAAAAUAUAUGCUUGUACUUAAUCGAAUUAUGGUUUGCUCUAUUCUCUGCUUUUUCUGGACAAACAGUAUUUGAACGAUGGACUAUUGGUCUAUUUAAUGUCGCUUUUACUGCAUUGCCACCAAUAAUUCUCGGUUUAUUUGAUCGUCCAAUCGCAGAUUCAACUAUCCAGAAGUUCCCCGCUCUUUAUUUUAGUUUUCACGAGAGAGCUUUUUCCAUUAAACAAUUUGCAUUUUGGAUUUCAAUGGCAGUAUGGCACUCAUUAAUUUUAUAUUUUUUUUCAUUUUUAUUUAUGUAUAAUUCUACAGUUUGGGGGAAUGGCCGUGAUGCGGGUUGGUUAAUGCUUGGUAAUUCUUGUUACACAUUUGUUGUUGCAACGGUCUGCUUUAAAGCAUUACUCGAAUGCGAUUCUUGGACGCAUAUAAUUUUAUAUUCUAUUGUUGGUUCUAUCGCUCUUUGGUUUCUUUUUUUGGCUAUUUAUUCAGCGUUGUGGCCUUUUAUUCCACUUGGUGAUGAUAUGACUGGAAUGGCAUACAUAAUGAUCUCAUCGCCAAAUUUUUGGCUCGCUUUCUUUUUAAUCCCUCUUUUCGCACUUCUUUUUGACUUCAUAUUUAAAGUGUAUGCUUUUUUUUUAUUUUAUGUAUCUAUACGAAUUACAGUGUCACCUACUCCAAGAGAGCUUUUAUGCAUUAAAGAAUAUAAAUCGCGUGAUCGUGUCAUGGAAUUAUCGGGGUACUUUAUAUUUUUUUUUGAUAAAUUUCAUUUGCACAAUUUAUUUUCUUUUAAUUCUUUUUUUUGA